ACAAUAUUUCAAUGUAUGUAUUUUUUGAAAUAUCUAAACAAAGCGAAUGACUUUCAAGAUUCUUGCAUCAGUUCAUUGGAGAAAUAUGGUGUUGGUUCUUGUGGUCCACGUGGUUUUUAUGGAACAAUUGAUGUCCAUCUUGACUGUGAGUCAAAGAUAGCUAAAUUUUUGGGGACUCCAGACUCCAUUCUUUAUUCAUAUGGGAUUUCUACAAUAUUCAGUGUGAUACCUGCCUUCUAUAAGAAAGGAGAUAUCAUAGUCGCUGAUGAGGGUGUUCACUGGGCAGUGCAAAAUGGUCUCCAUCUAUCAAGAAGCACUGUGGUGUACUUCAAGCACAAUGAUAUGGCUUCACUUGCAAGCACUUUGGAAAAACUUACUCGUGGAAAUAAACGUGCUGAAAAGAUUAGACGCUACAUUGUUGUAGAAUCCAUUUACCAGAAUUCUGGCCAAAUUGCCCCCUUGGAUGAGAUUGUCAGGUUGAAGGAGAAAUAUCGAUUCCAUGUUAUUCUGGAGGAGAGUCAUUCUUUUGGGGUGCUUGGCAAGUCUGGGUGUGGUCUUGCUGAACAUUAUGGAGUUCCUGUGAGUGUUUGGCCUCAGCUUUUCUUAAUGUUUCACCGUAAUGCCCCACCUGUGGUGUCUGACUGGGGUGCGCUGUUACCUAGCUCACAAACGAGGCCUAACUGUUUGGUGAAAUGCUUGGGACAAACUGGCCAGCAAGAAUGGAGUCAUGGAACAUCGGCAGGAGGGUUACGGCAGCGGCAACCGAUGUAUCCCAUGGACAGUCUGGUUUUGACAUGAUGCAAAUCAAUCUGCUGUACACUGUAUUCCGCACUUGCACAGAUUGUUUGGCUAAUUACAAGAUUAUCUCAGUGUUUUGGUUUGGAUUUAGAGUACACUUAUGUAUGAAAUAUUGAUUGGUACUCAUCUAUAUUAUAUUAAUUAUAUUAUUAUUAA